CUCUGCUUAAAAGAAAUGGUACUUCCUGCUUUCAUAAACAGUCAUGUGCAUAGUUUAGCAAGGCCUGAUGCCUCUGGAGCUUUUCCCUUUAGAGCACGGUUGAAUCAGUCCUUACAGAAGUACUGUAAUCUUGUGGCUUCAUUCGGAACAAAAGGGAUUAGGAAAAAAAAUUAUUUGAUAAUAAGACUUUGGAAAACAAGGGCAGGCAAUCUUGGUUGUGAAUAUUUUUUGAUUUUUCCAGAAAUCAAGCAGAAGAUUGAGCUGCUGAUGUCAGUUAACUCUGAGAAGUCGUCCUCUUCAGAAAGCUCAUCAGUCUUAAUGUUGAACUGUUUAGAGUCCUUGAACACGGUAUCCAAAAUGGCUUCAUGUGCAGAAGAUGAAGUUUCAAGGCCAGAGCCUCAACAGAAACCUCCAUCUGCACCUCCACCUCCACCUCCACCCCCACCUCCUCCUCUUCCAGAGCCAGCACCACCAGAACCAGAGGAGGAGAUUCUUGGAUCUGAUGAUGAGGAGCAAGAAGACCCUGCAGAUUAUUGCAAAGGUGGCUAUCAUCCAGUGAAAAUUGGAGAUCUUUUCAAUGGUCGAUAUCAUGUAAUUAGGAAGCUAGGAUGGGGACACUUCUCUACAGUCUGGCUAUGCUGGGAUAUGCAGGGGAAGAGGUUUGUUGCAAUGAAAGUUGUAAAAAGUGCCCAGCAUUAUACAGAGACAGCCUUGGAUGAAAUUAAGUUGCUCAAAUGUGUUCGUGAAAGUGAUCCUAAUGAUCCAAACAAAGACAUGGUUGUACAGUUAAUUGAUGACUUCAAAAUUUCAGGGAUGAAUGGAAUACAUGUUUGCAUGGUCUUUGAAGUUCUUGGACAUCAUCUCUUAAAAUGGAUAAUCAAGUCCAACUAUCAAGGCCUUCCUAUCCGUUGUGUAAAAAGUAUAAUUCGACAGGUCCUUCAGGGUUUAGAUUAUUUACACAGCAAGUGCAAGAUCAUCCAUACAGAUAUAAAACCUGAAAAUAUCUUGAUGUGUGUGGAUGAUGCCUAUGUGCGGAGAAUGGCUGCCGAAGCUACAGAGUGGCAGAAAGCUGGUGCCCCACCUCCUUCUGGUUCANCAGUGAGUACUGCUCCACAGCAAAAGCCUGUUGGUAAAAUAUCUAAAAACAAAAAGAAAAAACUGAAAAAAAAACAGAAGAGGCAAGCUGAGCUACUAGAGAAACGCCUGCAGGAAAUAGAAGAACUGGAGCGAGAAGCUGAAAGGAAAAAAAUAGAAGAAAAUGUAACCUCAGCUAUACCAUCAAAUGAACAAGAAGAUGAGUACCACCCUGAGGUCAAGCUAAAAACAGCUGAUUUAGAGGAGGUAGCAGAUGAAGAGCCUGGAAAUGAUGAUGGUGAAGCAGAUGAUCAGGAUGAAAAAGAAGACACAGAAAAAGAAAACACAGAGAAAGAUGAUGAUGUUGAACAGGAACUUGCCAACACAGAUCCUACAUGGAUAGAAUCCCCGAAAACAAAUGGCCAUAUUGUAAAUGGCCCAUUUUUAUUGGAACAACAGAUUGAAGAUGAAGAUGAGGAAGAAGACGACUUCCCAAAUCCUGAAGAGUAUAACCUUGAUGAGCCAAAUGAAAAAAGUGAUUAUUCUUAUAGCAGCUCCUAUGAACAGUUUAAUGGUGAAUUGCCAAAUGGACGUCAUAAAAUUUCCGAGUCACAGUUCUCUGAAUUUUCAGCUUCAAUGUUCUCUGGAGCUUUAGAAUCUAUAGCUUGUGGUUCAGCUGUUUCUGAGGGAUCAUCUGUAACUGAAAGAGAGGAGAGCAGCCCAUCUCACGAUAGGAGCAGAACAGUUUCAGCAUCUAGUACUGGAGAUUUGCCAAAAACAAAAACCCGUGCUGCAGACUUAUUGGUGAAUCCUCUGGAUCCAAGAAAUGCAGAUAAAAUUAGAGUUAAAAUUGCUGACCUGGGAAAUGCUUGCUGGGUGCAUAAACACUUUACCGAAGACAUCCAGACAAGACAAUAUAGAUCCAUAGAGGUUUUAAUAGGAGCAGGUUACAGUACCCCUGCUGAUAUCUGGAGUACAGCCUGUAUGGCAUUUGAGCUUGCAACUGGAGAUUAUUUGUUUGAACCACAUUCUGGUGAAGACUAUUCCAGGGAUGAGGACCACAUAGCACACAUCAUAGAGCUGCUAGGCAAUAUCCCAAGGCACUUUGCUCUGUCUGGAAAAUAUUCUCGGGAAUUCUUCAAUCGCAGAGAUCACAUAGCAUUGAUCAUUGAACUGCUGGGAAAAAUCCCUCGAAAAUACGCUAUGUUGGGGAAAUAUUCCAAGGAGUUUUUCACCAAAAAAGGAGAACUCCGUCAUAUUACCAAGCUAAAACCUUGGAGCCUCUUUGAUGUGCUUGUGGAAAAGUAUGGUUGGCCUCAUGAAGAUGCUGCACAGUUCACAGAUUUCCUGAUCCCCAUGCUAGAAAUGGUUCCAGAAAAACGAGCAUCAGCUGGAGAAUGUCUUAGGCAUCCCUGGUUGAAUUCUUAGCAGAAUCUUCAAUUGUAACAUUGAACCAGCAUCCGCUUUCCAGUGCAUCAAACCUGACUGGUGACUGUCACAAAUUCUUUAACAGGAUCACAAGUGAGCUGGCUUCAUCCUCAGACCUUUAUUUUGCUUUGAGGUACUGUUUGACAUUUUGCUUUUUGUGCACUGUAUUUUUGGGGAAAGAUAGUCUUGUCUUCAGCUGGUAGUUUACUAACCCACUCUCUUCAGAAAACACUCAGCGUGUCUUUAAGCAUCAUUACUUGUGUUGUGUGGCAUUCAAAAGUCUAACUUUUGAAAAAACUCCUCCCACCCCCUGUGUUUUGGCAGGUUUUGUAACUAUUUAUGAUGAAAUAUUUUAGCUAAGUAUUAUAUAAUUUACCAGUUUGACAUAUCAAGUCAGAACUGAGAAAAGGCAAGGAAUUGUACAAUUUUAUUUUCUGACAAAGGGACAUCAUUCUUGUAUUAUAGUGUAUGUAAAUGCACCCUGUAAAUGUUCAUUUCCAUUUAAAUAUGGGAAGGGGACUCAGAUUUCAGAGUAAAGCUACUAAGUUUGAAGAGCUUUGUAGCAUAUGAAUUGCAUGUGGCGGAAUUCAAGCUGCUUUAAGGAUUUGUGUAAACUUUCCAUUUCGUAGAAGUUGCUGUACAUUGGAUUAUAAACAAAGUGGCUCUGGUUUACAAGACUUCAUUCCACAAAUGGCACUUUAAAGGAAGGCUAGACUUCUUUCCAAUGAUAAAAGUAUGCAUUAUCAUUUUAGCACUCCCUUUUAGAAUUUUUGCCUAUUUUAAGUGCUUUUAAGGAGAGAAUAGCAAUUUCCCUUACAAUGUGAUAGUGAAGACAUGAUACCAUAUGGUGUUGCCUUUUUAUAAGCACUGUAAUUUGUAUUAUACCCAGAAGAUUAAAAGUGAGCAUGGGAAAUACUCUGUCUAGGAUUACUGAUCUUUUACAAUAAUAUGUGCUUAGAGUAAGAAAAAGAUUGAUGCAAAAACAAAUAUAAUUUAGGGGAUAAAAUAAUCCAAUGUUUGAGACAGCUCAUGCUCAUUCCAUUCAUAGCUUUAUAUGCUCCUAAAACAAAUUGCACUAGCUUUUUCCCCCCAUGCAUUGACAUAUAUAGAAAUUAGUUUGCCCUUUGUAAGUUGCACACAAAAUUGCAAAUGUUUCUAAGGUGUGAAAAAAAAAGCAAAAUAGACUCAAAUUCAUAGGCAAUACAGAUUUUAGAAUGUAAAAUAUAGAGGUGUAUUUUGCCCUCUUUUAGAAGUCAGUGGGAUGAAUGUAAGUUUAUUUCUGGUUUUACAUAAUUAUGGUGCCACUUUUUUGACUGUCCAUUAUAAAUUUAUUCACAUGCCUUUGCAAUAACUAGAUUGUGAGAAGAUAGCUGUGUUGUAACAAUAACCAAUUGUUUGAGGUGCUUGCAGUUGUCUAAUUAAAGUGUUUUGUUUUUUCCAGACAUUGUGCUCGUCAUUCAAAUGCUUGCUAGUGAAUAAAUCCAGCUGUUAGUCACAUUUCACAGUAGGGUUAUUAGCCCAGCAUAAAGGAAAUGUCAGUUUACAAUUCAUUUGUAAAAUUUCUGUAUAUGUGCUGAAAAUAUAUUAAUACAUCAAGCUAAAAUAGCACAGUUUAAUUUAAUUCAUUGCUUGUUCAGACUCAGAAAUGGCAUUCCACAGAACUUCAAGUAACCUGUGCAUGUUUUGCCCUUCUGUGUAUACUCCAAUAAUUUAGCAAAAUUUAAAAUAAUCCUAAUUUUUAGAGUGCAACACAAUACGUUGUUGUUCAAAACUUCAGCCACACUUGGCGAUGCCAACAUUUGGGUUUCAGAGCAGAGGGUAAUGAGCCAUUCACUUGAGAACUUCAUACUGGUAUUAAAAAAAAGGGAGAAAGGUAGCAGCCAAGAUAAUAUUGAUGGUGUAAAAGACAAAAUACUGCAAUGAAAACAACAGAAAUAAAAUGUUCUGCUUUUAGGUUCAUCUUGCUGCAACAAGAAAAAAAAUUUUCAGUACAGGAGGGAAAGAAACUUAAGGAUUGAAAUAUUAGUUUAAAAUGUAUUGCACUCUCUAGGCACGAAACCAAAUAUUCCAAUAUAUUGUAGAUAUUUUUACAGAAGUUAUUGAUAGCCUAAUAUUUAAUCAAUAGCAGUAACUUAAACAUUACCAUUUCACACACUUACUAUGCUGUCUUUUACCCAUUUCUUUCAAAAGCUGUAGCUACUCACUCAGUUUAAACUGACAGCAUGUGUAUAUAUAUGACUGUCUUAUACAAAAUAUGAAGUCUUGCUUCCAAGCUAGAUAGUCACUUUACGAACGCAAUGGCUUUGAACACCUCAGUAAAUUGUAAUUAUAUGGGAUUGAGGGGAUUUGAAUAAGGUUGUUCUUCAAGGAGUGUCUCUGGGAGUGUUCCACCUUAGGUGUUUUGGUGCUGCAGCGCACCUGGCUGGAAAAUUUUACUAAAAGUGGCUUUGACAGCUAGCUCUCACGCGCAGAAGCACUACACACGCCUGGCGGCUAAUGCACGUGUGAGAGACUGUCACCUCAGUUCCUUCUCUGCUGCUGGCGGCGUCAGUUGGAACCUGCAGUGCUCUCUACAGAUUUCUCCUCAGCGAGACAGCUAGUCUUUUCCUUUACUUAGUUAGCCUUUUCAUUAUAUUUUUUUUAUCCCCCCCCCCCCCCC